AACCAGUCGCCCAUCAUGGCGGAAGCGCUCGAACGGGAAGCCGUCCGGCAGAGAAUCGAGGACCUGGAGCGCCCGCAGCUCGACGACCGCUCGUACAGAAUCCUCACGCUGCCCAAUCAAUUAGAGGUCCUGUUGAUACACGAGGCCGGCACAGACAAGGCCAGCGCCGCGCUGGACGUCAAUGUCGGCAGCUUCAGCGAUGCGCCCGACAUGCCGGGCAUUGCCCAUGCGGUAGAGCACCUGCUGUUCAUGGGCACCGACAAGUAUCCCGAGGAGAAUGCCUACAACCAGUACCUGACGCGCCACGGCGGCUACUCGAAUGCCUUUACCGCAUCCACCUCGACCAAUUACUAUUUCGAGCUCUCCUACUCGUCGUCUUCCCCGACGAGCAGCACCGCCGCGACACCAGAGGCCUCACAGACAAACCUGCUCGAGUCGAGAGACGAGUCGCCGCUAUGGGGCGGGUUGGACCGGUUUGGCCAAUUCUUCAUCAGCCCUCUCUUCUUGGAAGACACGGUGGAUCGCGAACUCAAGGCGGUGGAUUCAGAGAACAAGAAGAACCUCCAGAACGACACCUGGCGCAUGCAUCAGCUCAACAAGGCGCUAGCCAACCCCGAACACCCCUACAACCACUUCUCCACGGGCAGUUACAAGACGCUGCAUGAUGACCCCUUGGCGCGCGGCGUCAAGAUCCGCGACGAGUUCAUCAAGUUCCACUCUACGCACUACUCGGCGAACAGGAUGAAGCUGGUAGUCUUGGGAAGGGAGAGUCUCGAUACCCUGGAAUCAUGGGUAGAGGACAUCUUUUCCAAGGUGCCAAACAAGAACCUUGGGCAGAACCGCUGGGACAUUCCCGUGUACACAGACAAGGAGCUUCUGACGCAAACCUUUGCCAGGCCCGUCUUGCAGUCUCGGUCCCUGGAGCUUCAAUUCGCCUACCGCGACGAGGAGAAAUUUUACGAGUCACAUCCUUCGCGAUACCUUAGCCAUUUGCUCGGUCAUGAAGGCCCUGGCAGCAUUCUCGCGCAUAUCAAAGCAAAGGGCUGGGCAAAUGGACUGGGAGCAGGGGGCUCGACGCUCUGUCCGGGCUCAGGUCUGUUUACUGUCAACAUCAAGUUGACGGAUGAAGGUCUGAAGAACUACAAGGAGGUUGCCAAGAUUGUAUUUCAAUACAUUGGCUUGAUGCGUGAUCAGCCGCCCCAAGAGUGGGUGGUGGAGGAGCAGAUGCGCAUCAGUGAGGUAGAGUUCCGGUUCAAGCAAAAGAGCCCACCAAGUCGGACUGCCAGCGGGCUGGCAGGCAUCAUGCAGAAGCCGUACGACCGCAAGAUGUUGCUAAGCGGACCGGCCGUCAUCAGGAAGUUUGACGCCAACCUGAUCAGUGAGGCCAUGUCGUAUCUGCGACCAGACAACUUCAGGAUGACAAUCAUCAGCCAGGAUUUCCCAGGCGGCUGGGACCAAAAGGAGAAGUGGUACGGGACAGAGUACAAGAUUGAGAGGAUACCCGACGACUUGCUCGCCGAGAUCAAGCAGGCUUUUGAGAGCAAAACGCGGCCGGCAGAGCUGCACUUUCCCCACAAGAACGAGUUCAUACCGACGCGGCUGGAUGUGGAAAAGAAAGACGUCGCUCAACCAAGCAAGGAGCCCAAGCUUAUUCGCCAUGAUGACAAUGUCCGUCUAUGGUGGAAGAAGGAUGACCAAUUCUGGGUGCCCAAGGCUAACGUUCACAUCUACCUCCGAACACCAAUAACAAACGUCACAGCGCGCGUUAACCUGUUGUGCACGCUCUACCGUGAGCUGGUCAAUGACGCUCUGGUCGAGUACGCGUACGACGCCGACAUUGCGGGGCUGAUUUAUGAUUUCACCAACCACGUCAAUGGCUUGUCGAUAACGGUCAGUGGCUACAAUGACAAACUGCAUGUGUUGUUGGAGAAGGUCCUGCUUCAGGUCCGGGAUCUGGAAGUGACACAGGAUCGUUUCAACAUCAUCCACGAUCGUAUGCUGCGGUAUCUUCGCAACUGGGAGUACGGACAGCCGUUCCACCAGGUUGGCACCUACUCGCGCCAAUUCAAGAGCGAGAAGUCGGUCAUGAACGAAGAACUACUGCCCGAGCUGGACAAUGUAACUGCCCAAGACGUGCAGAAUUUCUUCCCACAAAUUCUUGCACAGUGUCAGAUUGAAGUUCUUGCGCACGGCAACUUGUACAAGGAGGAGGCUCUCAAGAUUACCGACCUUGUGGAGAGGACUAUCCAGCCUAGGCGACUUCCGGCGAACCAGGUCCCAACUCGACGAGGUCUGAUAUGGCCAUCGGGCUGCAACUUCAUUUGGGAAAAGCAACUGGGCGAUCCGGAAAACGUCAACCACUGCAUUGAGUACAGCUUGUAUGUUGGGAACCGUUACGACAACCUCGUUCGUGCCAAGUUGCUGCUUCUGGGACAGAUGACGGACGAGCCUUGCUUCAACCAGCUCCGUACGAUUGAACAGCUUGGCUACGUUGUCUUUUCGGGAUCCAGCUUCCACGAUGUCUGGUCCGGAUACCGCAUCUUGAUUCAGAGUGAAAAGGACUGCCGGUACUUGGAGGGCCGGAUUGAAAACUUCUUGAACACAUUUGAGGCGACUCUGGAUGAGAUGAGCGAGGACGACUUUGAAAGUCACAAGCGGGCCAUGAUCAACAAGCGCUUGGCGAAACUCAAGAAUCUCUCGUCGGAAGACAACAGGUUCUGGAAUCAUAUCUACAGCGACUCGUAUGAUUUCCUGCAAGCCGAUGUUGAUGCCGAGACGCUUGAGACACUGUCGAAGAAGGACAUGGUUGAAUUUUAUAAGCAAUACGUGUCGACGUCUUCCUCACAACGCUCGAAGCUGUCCGUACACCUCCAGGCACAGGCCAAGGCCAAAGAGCCGCCGAUCGAGGAGCAGAAGACGGCGGCAGUGGCAGCACUCAAGAUCAUCUUCACUGAACACAAGCUCAACUUUGACGACGAAGCUUUCCAAAAACGAGUGGCAGACGCGUCGUCCAAGGAGGACAUCUCCAAGGCCAUCGCCAGCCACGUGACGGAAGACGCCAAGGUAGACAAGGACAUUGCAACCAAGGUUCUGGAUGAAGCACAGGCUGCGCUGGGUGUGGCAGACUCUGGGCUGCCAGCCACGCCACAGCCACUGGAUGCUGCGGCGGAUGUGAAGAGUGUGGUGGACGCAUCGCAUCCGGUUCUCAUUACAGACGUGCAUGCUUGGAAGGCGAGCAUGCAAGUCAGCACGGGGGUGCGGCCAGUGCGAAACCUGGAGGAGUUUGUCGAGGUAGCGGAGAAGCUAUAGACGGCAAUUUUUUGUGGCGGGUGUACGGUAGUUGUAUGCAUUAGAAACGUGUAGACCAUGUCUUUUGAUCCAG